AUGGUUUCAUUUAAACAAUUAACCUUAUUAACCCUUGCAUCAUCAACUACUAUUCACGGAUUAUCCGUAUUCAAUCCAUCAUAUGUCAACAAAGUAGUUGAUUUCUUCAAUAAGAAACCAUCACAAUCACAAUAUCUGUCUUCUGAUCAAGUUAUAUUCACAUUACCUAAUCAACCACCAAAUACUAAACCAGUUCCAGGUGAUUCACCAAUUGAAAUUUGUGAUGUAACUGAAGAUCAAUUAUUAACAUUAACAGAAAUCAAAUUAACACCAAAUCCACCACAAGCAGGAGCAAAUCUUACAUUUGUAGCUGUUGGAAAUGUCGCCAAGACUAUUGAACCUGGAGCAUAUGUUGAUAUUGAUGUAAGAUAUGGUUUUAUUAGAUUAAUUCAUCAAACAUUUGAUUUAUGUGAAGAGAUUGAAAAGAUUGAUGUUACUUGUCCAAUUAAAGAUGGGAAACAAGUGAUUAGUAAAGUGGUUGAGAUUCCUGAAGAAGUUCCACCUGGUAGAUAUAUUGUUAAUGCAAAAGCUUAUACUAAAGAUGAUGAAUAUAUUACUUGUUUAUAUGCAAUCAUUGAUUUCCCACUUGCAAGAAAGCAAUAG